AAAAAAAAGAGUGCAUUAAAUUUAAAAUCGAAAGAAAAACCAGCCGGAACCCAAAGGCAUUGACUAUUGGAUCAAGUCAUGGCUGAAAGACUCGAAAGGAAUUGAGGCUACAAAGACAUCCCAGAAACCAUUUGAUGGAACAAUUUGUAUUCCAGAAAACGAAGAGGGGGGAAAAUGCAGAUAUGGCGGUGGCUAUGUUUAAAACACAGAUUCCCCGUUUGUUUUGCUGCCGUCUCCUUUUUCCUUUUGCUUGUUUCUUCUUCUAAAUCUCCUCUCGGUAUCCACCCAUUAGAUGCCAAGUAUUUUGCUGCGGAGGUUAUCAAGUGUAAGGAUGGGUCCAAAUCAUUUACCAGAGACCGUCUUAACGAUAACUUCUGUGACUGCCUUGACGGCACCGAUGAGCCUGGGACUUCAGCUUGCCCAGCAGGCAAAUUUUAUUGUAGGAAUGUAGGAAGUAUACCUCAGUUCAUUUUUUCUUCUCGAGUUAAUGAUCAUUUUUGUGAUUGUUGUGAUGGAAGUGAUGAGUAUGAUGGUAGCAUCCUGUGUCCCAACACAUGUAUCAUGGGUGGUAAUGUCGAGUACAAAACUGAAGAGUAUGUUUCUACAACUACUCAUCUGCACUCUACUAAAUUGAAGGAAAUGAAAAUUGGAAUUAAAUUAGAAGACUUGAUUCAGACGCUUGCAGGUUUGAAGAUGAUAACGGUAGCAGAGGUGGCUCUUGGUUGUUUUCUGGUGGUUAAAUGGGUAUUUCAUAAGCGUGUCAAGUCUAAGAAAAGACAUCAUAGAUGAAGGAAUCUACCGUUAGCUUGGUAAUAAUACUCUAGAAUAUCCUUGUCCUCUAAUUUUCACUUUUUACAUUUUAAUAUAUAGGGGAAGGAUCCAAUUAUUUCAGUGUAAAACUCAAGUGAUUUUAUAUCAUUUUAUAACUUUUUAUACGAUUAAUAUUUUAAUAAUCCAA